GCCCCUGCUCGCAGCCAGCCCUACCAAUUCCUUUAUUAUUUUAAAUCCCUGUGCUCUCCCCAUCACCCCCUUUUCCAGGCAAACUUUUGGCGAUAGCCGCGAUUAUCGCCUCGUGCUCCGCUGCCUUUCUCCUCGCGAAUGGUUUUCAAGCAGGGGAGCCAUUGAGAAACAAACAACUCAUCAUUCCAGCCGGGAGCCAGCGCCGAGAGCAGCGGACCGGGAUCCCAAUAAAUAUGCAAAGUGCAGGCUCUGCUGAGCCGAUUCCUUGCGCUGCUUCCUGGGGGUGCUGAGAGCGCCUGGAGAACCGGCCGGGCUCUGGGUUCCAUUGCGUUUCGUUGCCUUUUCCCCCCGUGUUUUUCCCGGUGGGAAGCAAGCCCCGCUGCCUGCGGGAGGCGGCUCGGGCUCGCCGGCGCUGAUCUGCAUGCGAGCUGCCUAGGACGGGGUGCGAGCCAUGCAACCGGCAAGCAAGCUCCUGACCCUCUGCCUCCUCAUCCUCAUGGGCACCGAACUCACCCAAGUGCUGCCUACCAACCCAGAGGAAAGCUGGCAGGUCUACAGCUCUGCCCAGGAUAGCGAGGGACGUUGUAUAUGCACAGUGGUGGCACCUCAACAGACGAUGUGCUCGCGCGAUGCCAGGACAAAGCAGCUGAGACAACUACUAGAAAAGGUGCAAAACAUGUCCCAGUCGAUAGAGGUGUUGGACAGGCGGACUCAAAGAGACCUACAGUACGUGGAGAAGAUGGAAAACCAGAUGAGGGGACUGGAAUCUAAAUUCAAGCAAGUGGAAGAAAGCCACAAGCAGCACCUGGCAAGGCAGUUUAAGGCAAUAAAAGCGAAAAUGGAGGAACUUAGGCCUUUGAUACCAGUGUUGGAAGAGUACAAAGCCGAUGCCAAAUUGGUAUUGCAGUUUAAAGAGGAGGUCCAGAAUCUGACGUCAGUUCUAAACGAACUCCAGGAAGAGAUUGGCGCCUAUGACUACGAAGAGCUUCAGAACAGAGUGUCAAAUCUUGAAGAAAGGCUUCGUGCAUGCAUGCAAAAAUUAGCUUGUGGCAAGCUGACGGGAAUAAGUGAUCCCAUCACAAUUAAAACCUCGGGGUCCAGGUUCGGAUCGUGGAUGACGGACCCUCUGGCUCCUGAGGGAGAGAACAAGGUCUGGUACAUGGACAGCUACCACAACAACCGCUUUGUCCGUGAAUAUAAAUCCAUGGCAGAUUUCAUGAAUACUGACAACUUUACCUCCCACCGUCUCCCUCACCCAUGGUCAGGCACCGGUCAAGUGGUCUACAAUGGCUCCAUCUAUUUCAAUAAAUACCAAAGCCACAUAAUUAUCAGGUUUGACUUGAAAACAGAGACCAUUCUCAAGACACGCAGCCUGGAUUAUGCCGGCUACAACAACAUGUACCACUACGCCUGGGGUGGCCACUCGGACAUUGACCUCAUGGUGGAUGAGAACGGGCUGUGGGCCGUCUACGCCACCAACCAGAACGCAGGCAACAUCGUCAUCAGCAAGCUGGACCCCAACACCCUGCAGAGCCUCCAGACCUGGAACACCAGCUACCCGAAACGCAGCGCCGGGGAGGCCUUCAUCAUCUGCGGCACGCUCUAUGUCACCAACGGCUACUCGGGGGGUACCAAGGUGCACUAUGCCUACCAGACCAACGCCUCCACCUACGAGUACAUCGACAUCCCCUUCCAAAACAAGUACUCACACAUUUCCAUGUUGGACUACAACCCCAAGGAUCGGGCCCUCUAUGCCUGGAACAACGGGCACCAAAUACUUUACAAUGUCACCCUCUUCCACGUCAUCAGGUCUGAUGAGUUGUAGUCCAUCCUUCUUUAGAAACUGAUUUAGAAAGGAAACGAAAAGGCAAGAAAAGGGAGAAAUGAAUCUGAAAGGAAAUACUAAUGUCAAGAAAGCACUCUUUAAAUAAGUAAACAUAUAAACAGCUGCCAAAAUUAAGACCAACAUCGCGGAGGAUUAUUCAGCAUAAACCCGACAGAUCAGCAUUACCUCUACAUUUCUAGAAGUCUGGCCCUGUGUUAUAGACUCACGAAUAACCAUGUACUUGCAGCUGGAACUGCACUUAAAGAACCACUUCAGUCUGGGUUUUGUUUUGUUUCUGUUCCGAUAGCAAACCUAUAGUACAUACUAAAGUAAGGCAAUGACUGUUGAAGGUUCAUCCUUGGGAGACUCGCUCUCUCCUGUGUGUGGGUUGCAUGGACAUUCCCCCGACGUCCCGGUCAGCUGUGAUGGAUGUGUGAUUUGUAUCUCGAAGCAGAAGAAGCUGACCCGUGAGGAGCGCUCGCUGUCUGAACAAGACCUAUCACAGGUUAGUUUUCUUCGCCUUCCAUUGCAGCUACUGUCUCUCAACUGUGUUCUUGUCACUUAGAUUAACUGUGCUGAGACCCGAAGUAGCUCAUGGAUCUGUGUCUUAGUAACUAUUAAACACGAUGGUUUAAGUAUGUAUUAUGAACAAGUUGUUGUACCCAUAUUGUUUGAACUUAUGUAUUCAGCAAAUAUAUUGUAUAAUGUAUGUCUGUUAUUUACCAGAGGUGGCAAAAAUUUGUAUGUCCAGUUUAUGCAAUGAAUGUUGUAAAUGCAAUGAUGUAGUUUGGAUUAAUAAAUGAUGGUUUUGUUUCUAAAAAGAAAAAAACAGAUCAGUGUUCACCCUUAUACACAGAUAACCAAUUUCAUGUUGAUAAUUACAGGAAUAUUCUCUUACUGUUAUACUAUCUACAUAGCAUUAUGGUGGUUGGAAAUGGCUUCUGUGGAAAUCCUGUGGCAUCGGGUGCCCAUGGGAAGCCCUGGGUAUGGAAACGUGAAGGUAAUUACUUUUUUUUUAAGAGGAAAACUUUGUACUAUCCACAGUUAUCUAAGGAACAAUAAAAAUAUUAGGAGACUUC